AUGUCCGAGGAGUCCAAGCCAGUUGAGCCCGUCGUCGACGAGACGAACGCCGAGCUCAAGGGCAAGGCCAUCGCUCACGCCGACGCCGAAGCUGAAGCCGACGACAACGAUGCCGCCGAAUCUGGAUCCGAGGAGGAGCAUGAGGAGCAACACGCUGCUGAAGGAUCCGGCGACAAGAAGAAGAAAAAUAAGAAGAAGUCGAAGCGAGCGAAGGUCAAGGAGGCCCUGACCGGCUCAAAAUCCGCGCCGACCGAUUCCGAUUUCCACAAGGCCCUCGAUGGCCUCACUCCGCAGCAGAUCAAGGAGUUCCUCGCCCUCAACCCAGCCCUCUCCCAAGAGGUGAAUAAGGCCUCCAAGAGCGAUGAUCCUUCCGGCUCUCAGGCUGCCGACAUGCUCAAGAAAAUGUCACUACAAGAUAUCAUGACUGGUCUUGCCGCUGGCGGAAAGAACGCCAAAGAUAUGGGAUCGUAUAAGUUCUGGCAGACGCAACCUGUACCCAAGUUUGGAGAGGAUGCGACUUUGAAGGAGGGCCCCUUACGGAUCCAGAAGGUCGAGGAGGUCGACAAGGAGCCCGCCCCUCUAAUUCCUGGCUUUGAAUGGGUUACGAUGGAUUUGACCAAUGAUGAGAAGAUCAAGGAAGUUUACGAGCUGUUGAACAAGCACUACGUCGAGGACGAUGAGGCUAUGUUCCGCUUCAACUAUUCCCCCUCUGUUCUUCGAUGGGCCAUGAUGCCUCCUGGCUGGAAGAAGGAAUACCAUGUUGGUGUCCGCGCAACCCAGUCCCGUCUUCUCGUAGCUUUUAUCUCGGCCAUCCCCGUUCACCUCCGUGUCCGAGAGAACGUUAUCACCUGCUCUGAGGUCAACUUCCUUGCCAUCCACAAGAAGCUCCGAGGCAAGCGUCUUACACCAGUACUCAUUAAGGAGAUUACCAGGCGCAGCAACCUCAACGAGAUCUGGCAAGGACUUUACACUGCUGGUGUCGUCCUUCCCAAGCCCGUCAGCACAUGCAGAUACUUCCAUCGCGCUAUUAAUUGGCAAAAGCUCUAUGAGUGCGGCUUCAGCCCUCUUCCGGCAAACAGCAAACCUCAGUAUCAGGUUCGCAAGUAUGCGCUACCAGACAAUACUAGCACCAAGGGCCUGCGACCGUUGGAAGAGAAGGACCUUGAUGCUGUUAUGGAUUUGUAUAAGCGAUAUAAUGCGCGCUUCGAUAUGACACCUGAGUUCAGUCGCGAGGAAGCUCACCACUGGUUUGUCCCGAAGGUUGGACCCAACGACCAGCAGGUUGUGUGGACAUACGUUGUCGAGGACGAAAACAAGAAGAUCACGGACUUCUUCUCUUUCUUCUGCAUCGAGUCGACUGCUAUUGGAAACGCUAAGCACAACGUUAUCAAGGUUGCUUACAUGUUUUACUACGGUACAGACGUCGCGCUACAGGACAAGUUCGACAAAGCUGCUCUCAAGAAGCGCCUUAACGAGCUUGUUCACGAUGCCCUUAUUAUCUCCAAGCGCCACAAGUUCGAUGUGUUCAACGCAUUGACGCUGAUGGACAAUGCGCUGUUCCUGGAGCAGCAGAAAUUCGGAGCCGGUGAUGGUCAACUUCAUUAUUACCUGUUCAACUAUCGUGUUAAUCCAAUCGCUGGUGGUGUCGAUCGUAAGAACCAGCUUGACGAGGAAAACCUGAGUGGUAUCGGGCUUGUGAUGCCCUGA